GACCUAUUUAAAGCUACCCUGUUGCUCAGGCUGUCUCUGUCUGUCUGCCAGGGUCUCCAGCUGCCCCAGACAGUCGGUGUGGUCUUGGGAUCCUCCUGGUGACCUUUCCAGACUAGGUCUCCUCAGCCACUCUGCCCCAAGAUGGGUCGUGGGGCAGGGCGUGAGUACUCUCCUGCUGCCACCACAGCAGAGAAUGGGGGUGGUAAGAAGAAACAGAAAGAGAAGGAGCUUGAUGAGCUGAAGAAGGAGGUUGCCAUGGAUGACCACAAGCUGUCCUUGGAUGAACUGGGCCGAAAAUACCAGGUGGAUCUGUCCAAGGGCCUCACCAACCAGCGAGCUCAGGACAUUCUGGCUAGGGAUGGACCCAAUGCCCUCACUCCACCCCCCACGACUCCUGAGUGGGUCAAGUUCUGUCGUCAGCUUUUUGGGGGCUUCUCUAUCCUGCUGUGGAUCGGGGCACUCCUCUGCUUCUUGGCCUAUGGUAUCCUGGCCGCCAUGGAGGACGAACCAUCCAAUGAUAAUCUAUAUCUGGGUAUCGUGCUGGCAGCUGUAGUCAUCGUCACUGGCUGCUUCUCCUACUACCAGGAAGCCAAGAGCUCCAAGAUCAUGGACUCCUUCAAGAACAUGGUGCCUCAGCAAGCGCUGGUCAUCCGAGAGGGAGAGAAGAUGCAGAUCAACGCGGAGGAGGUGGUGGUGGGAGACUUGGUGGAAGUGAAGGGUGGAGACCGUGUCCCUGCUGACCUCCGGAUCAUCUCUUCCCACGGUUGCAAGGUGGAUAACUCAUCCCUAACAGGGGAGUCAGAGCCCCAGACACGUUCCCCCGAGUUCACCCAUGAGAACCCUCUGGAGACCCGAAAUAUCUGUUUCUUCUCAACCAACUGUGUGGAAGGCACUGCCAGAGGCAUUGUGAUUGCCACAGGAGACCGGACGGUGAUGGGCCGCAUUGCCACGCUUGCCUCCGGCCUGGAGGUGGGGCAGACGCCCAUAGCCAUGGAGAUUGAGCACUUCAUCCAGCUGAUCACAGGGGUGGCGGUGUUCCUGGGGGUCUCCUUCUUUGUGCUGUCCCUCAUCCUGGGCUACAGCUGGCUGGAGGCCGUCAUCUUUCUCAUCGGCAUCAUCGUAGCCAACGUGCCUGAAGGGCUUUUGGCCACUGUCACUGUGUGCCUGACUCUGACAGCCAAGCGCAUGGCCCGGAAGAACUGCCUGGUGAAGAACCUGGAGGCGGUGGAGACGCUGGGCUCCACAUCCACCAUCUGCUCGGACAAGACGGGCACGCUCACCCAGAACCGCAUGACAGUGGCCCACAUGUGGUUUGACAACCAGAUCCACGAGGCUGACACCACGGAGGAUCAGUCUGGGGCCACUUUUGACAAACGGUCCCCCACUUGGACAGCCCUGUCUCGGAUUGCUGGUCUCUGCAAUCGUGCUGUCUUCAAGGCUGGACAGGAAAACAUCUCUGUCUCUAAGCGGGACACAGCUGGUGACGCCUCUGAGUCUGCUCUGCUCAAAUGCAUUGAGUUGUCCUGUGGCUCAGUGAGGAAGAUGAGGGACAGGAAUCCUAAAGUGGCAGAAAUUCCCUUCAACUCUACCAACAAAUAUCAGCUGUCCAUCCACGAGAGAGAAGACAGCCCCCAGAGCCAUGUGCUAGUGAUGAAAGGAGCUCCGGAGCGCAUCCUGGAUCGAUGCUCCACCAUCCUGGUACAGGGCAAGGAGAUCCCUCUCGACAAGGAGAUGCAAGAUGCCUUUCAAAAUGCCUACAUGGAGCUCGGAGGACUUGGGGAGCGUGUGCUGGGCUUCUGUCAGCUGAACCUGCCUUCUGGAAAGUUUCCUCGGGGCUUCAAAUUUGACACAGAUGAGCUGAACUUCCCCACAGAGAAGCUCUGCUUUGUGGGGCUCAUGUCUAUGAUUGAUCCACCCAGAGCAGCUGUACCAGAUGCUGUGGGCAAGUGCCGAAGUGCAGGCAUCAAGGUGAUCAUGGUGACUGGAGAUCACCCUAUCACAGCCAAGGCCAUUGCCAAAGGGGUAGGCAUUAUAUCAGAGGGUAACGAGACUGUGGAGGACAUUGCAGCCCGGCUCAACAUUCCUGUGAGUCAAGUCAAUCCCAGAGAAGCCAAGGCAUGUGUAGUGCAUGGCUCGGACCUGAAGGACAUGACCUCAGAACAGCUGGAUGAGAUCCUCAGGGACCACACGGAGAUCGUAUUCGCCCGGACCUCCCCUCAGCAGAAGCUCAUCAUUGUGGAGGGGUGUCAGAGGCAGGGAGCCAUCGUAGCAGUGACCGGUGAUGGGGUGAACGACUCCCCAGCCCUGAAGAAAGCUGACAUCGGCAUCGCCAUGGGCAUCUCCGGCUCCGACGUCUCUAAGCAGGCGGCUGACAUGAUUCUUCUCGAUGACAACUUUGCCUCCAUCGUGACAGGCGUAGAGGAGGGCCGCCUGAUCUUCGACAACUUGAAGAAGUCCAUCGCAUACACCCUGACCAGCAACAUCCCGGAGAUCACCCCCUUCCUGCUGUUCAUCAUUGCCAACAUCCCCCUUCCCCUGGGCACUGUGACCAUCCUCUGCAUCGACCUGGGCACAGAUAUGGUUCCCGCGAUCUCAUUAGCAUAUGAAGCAGCUGAGAGCGAUAUCAUGAAGCGGCAGCCACGGAACUCCCAGACAGACAAGCUGGUGAACGAGAGGCUUAUCAGCAUGGCUUACGGACAGAUUGGCAUGAUCCAGGCCCUGGGAGGCUUCUUCACCUACUUUGUGAUCCUGGCAGAGAACGGUUUUCUGCCGUCACGGCUGCUGGGAAUCCGCCUUGACUGGGAUGAUCGGACUACCAAUGACCUGGAAGACAGCUAUGGGCAAGAGUGGACGUACGAGCAGCGGAAGGUGGUGGAGUUCACGUGCCACACGGCCUUCUUUGCCAGCAUCGUGGUUGUGCAGUGGGCCGACCUCAUCAUCUGCAAGACCCGUCGCAACUCGGUCUUCCAGCAGGGCAUGAAGAACAAGAUCCUGAUUUUUGGGCUCCUAGAAGAGACAGCUCUGGCUGCUUUCCUGUCUUACUGCCCGGGUAUGGGGGUGGCCCUCCGAAUGUACCCGCUCAAGGUCACUUGGUGGUUCUGUGCCUUUCCCUACAGUCUCCUCAUCUUCAUCUAUGACGAAGUGCGAAAGCUCAUCCUACGGCGGUAUCCUGGGGGCUGGGUGGAGAAGGAGACAUACUACUGAGCUCACUGGAAAAAAAAGAAGAACGGGAGAGAUGGGAAGGCCUGGAGGUGUUGCUGGGGUAGUAAAGGAAAGGGCUGGGCGGAAAUGUGAGGUGAUAUUUUAGGGGAAGAUUUGGGGAAACAGUGAACUAAGUUGGCAGGCUUGGGUAAAUAGACGAGGUGACUGCUCCAACCACUCCAUAGGUCCAGCUGUGAACCCUCAGACAGUAUAUGUUGGGGUCACCUCCUCAGCCCCCUCUCAUCCCGCUCUACCGCGUUGUCUACUUUUCCCGAAGAACUGAGGGUUGUCCCAGCAGUCCCUAUGUCCCAGCCCUUCACCCUCACCUGUGUUAUUCAAAUAGAUCAACACCCAAACAUUAACCUUGUCUAAUCCUGAAGAAAACCUCAGACCACCAAGCAGCUAUGUCUCUGGCUUCAUUCCUUUUCGCCUUCCUUAGCCUCCUACCUGGAGUCUUCCCCAGCUCCUCCCCCUCAUACCUUGAAAACACCAAAUUCUCCUUCUAUGAGUGCAAGAGCCUGAGGCCAGAAAAGGAAGCUGGUGGGACAGCUUCCAGCUGGUUGGCUGGUAGGUCUGUCUCCAGCCAAGGCCAGCCAGCAACCAGAGGAGAGCUGGGCUAUCAAGGAGAGGUUGGGGUGGGCUGGCUGAAGGAGACAGCAAGGAAAGAAAGGCAGGCAGUGACCAGAGCUUGUCAUCUUCAGUCUUCAGGUAGGUGGGGUGGGCUCUGGCUCUUAGCCCUGGCUUACCAGCAGACCAAAUUCCCGUCUCAUCAGACUAGCAGCAAGGGCAAGACCACAAGGCAGUGUGCCAUUCCACUGCCCCUGGAGUGGUCCUCUGUCUACAAGGCUCAGGUGCCACAGAAGGUCCUGUUAUCUCAACCACACACUCUUGGGAACACCCCCCCCCCAUCUUUAGAAUAAUAAGUUCUCAGGUGCAUCACGCUGUUCUGAGAUGUCAGGUAGCUGCCAGUUCUCCUCCCACUCUCCCAGUCCUUCCCCUUCAUGUCCAUCUGCUGGACCCACAUCAUUUCCAGUAUUGCCCAGCUGGUCCUGGAAAAGGAUGUCCUGGCCAUUGACAGGAAUUAGCAUAGAACAACCCUGUCUUUCAAGGACAUGCAGAAUCAGCUUAGGUCAUGACACUGUCAGAAAUUUCAGACACGAGAGAAAAUCUUAAGAGACCUACCUGCCUUUGACCUCUCAGACGGCACGGCCACUGCUCUCAGACAAGUGCCCACUUUCCUUGACACAGGAAGCUGGCUUCAGGUUCCUAUGGAAUAGAGUUUUCUUUCCUUACUCUCUUCUCACCUAACAUUUUGCUCUGCGGACAGCUGCCCAUUCUCUAAGCCUGGCCUAGAAAGCAUUGCAUAGAUGGACCUACAUGAAUGAGCCAAGCAAGAGAGAGACAAUAAGGAAACUGGAAGGCUUAAGGUGGAAAUAUAAAGGACAAGCAUUAGGCCAAGCCUGAAGGCCUCCCAAAGGCUACUGUCUUAUCGCGGUAGAGUUUUGCUUUAUCAUUCAAACUUUGAAAUUUGUCAGUCCUGGUCUUCAGUUGGAAGUCUAAAUGGAACACCAUAAUUAUUUGGGCCUAAUUAAUUUGAGAUUAUUGACUUUGAAUCAAUGACUUUAUUGCACAACCAAUAAAGAAGUCAUUUGGUCAGCAAAUUAAGAGCAUAAACAAUAUUGCUAGAAGAGACAUGUUUAGUCUGUCUCAGAGUAUGCUUUUCAGGCACUUUAGAAAUCCCCCUCUAGGAUCAGCAAGUGCAUAGGCUAAUUAUCACCAGUCCUGAUAUAUUUGUUAAAGGAACAUCUACAAGAUCCUUACUGAUGACCUUCUGUAAGACAUUAGUUUGAGGCACUACAUAUGUACUUGAAAAUAAUAAAGUUGCAUUUCUUUAUCAAAAAAAAAAAAAAAAGAAAGAAAAGAAAUUGCUCUCAUGGUUGGUUUCUAUACUUCAUAUUUGCUUCCCUUCAAAUUGUGGUACUGGCUGUGUGCCAUGGAAGGACACACAGCUUAUAAAAGGAACUGAAAGAAAGGGCAAAUGUCCCGAAUAGUCAGGAAAUAAUCUGGCCACAGACAGUGCUGUGGGGAAAGCUGAAGGGGAAGAUGGUAGGUUGCAAAAUAACCUAGAAGAAAAUGUAGCCAGAGCUCUCUUCCUCAUAACCAGUCCCACUUGGAAGACAGUAGAGUUUGUCCAGGACAAAUGGGUCUAUGAAAGGUAUGGGGAUAUCUCUAUCCUUUCUGCUCCAGACCAAAUCAGUCCAUCUUGGGUUGAGGUAAAGCUCGUAUAGCCUUGAAGUCUACCCGAGUAGGUGUUGGCAACAUUUUUGCAGAGUGUGUGUGUAAGGGGCAGUAGAGAGGGACACUGUACUGAGAGGAGGGAUGACUAGAUGGUGCACGUUCCUGCAGGGGUCAGUGGGGAUGGGGGACAGGAAGACACUGGCUCUUACAACCCAGACCAAUCUCAGAAUAACCACGAGAAGCCGGGACCAGCCCAAGCGUGUCCUGGCCCCCCUCUAUUAUAACUCUUCAGUAGUCAUGGUGGUGUCCUGGAGGCGGUCACAGUGGCUGUAGCUCACUCAGUGCGUGUAAAAUAUCAGUUUUCUUUGUAAUGGUUAAGAAUAAAGCCGGAUUAAAGUUUACUUUGUUCUCAG